AUGUCUGAACCUUGCAAACGGAAAUUGGUGACGCUUUUGCCCAACACCAUGAAAAAGCGCCAGCAGCGGGCCGCUCCCAAGCCCACGACGGUGUUCAACAACCCUCAGGGUGCUACAAAAGGCCAGCCCAAGCUCCGCUUCCUGAAGUCUUGUGCAAGGUGUCGCAAACACAAAAUCAAAUGCAAUCUCAGCGAAACGCGCCCAAACCCGUGCUCUGCCUGCUCCCGGCGGGGCCACGAUUGCCACAUUGAAACUGUCGUCCAUGUCCAGCGCUCCACAAUCAUCAAGAACAUCGCAGAUAGCAUUGAGGACAUGAAGGCCCUGGUGGACAUGUUGAUGUUGCAGGAUCGUUUACUUCAAAACAUUUGCCAGGAAAGAGGAAUCAAGGUAGACGGGCUUUUCAAUCUAGAGUCUAUCUCUGCUUACCCCUCUCCCAUGUCUUCGCAUACUCCUUCUUGCGACGAGAGCUGUAAGUCGCUUUCCAUCGACUCAUGUUCGCCGGUCCCUUCGGAUGACGAAUACUCUUUCGAUGAGUCCCCUUGCUUUAGUCUUGGUAGCAAGGACUAUCCUGCCGCCACUAUCCAGUCCUGGUUCAGCAUGUUCAACACAUGCUACCUGGCAAAAGUGCCUAUCAUGCACCACAUAUCCUCGCCAACUCAGCUGCACCAUCAGUCGCCACUUCUCUUUUGGACAGUCGCCUAUCUUGUGUCCAAAGAUGCAGACAUUGUUGGCUAUUUGAAACAGCAGUUGCAGGGCUCCACCGAUAUUUAUUCCAUUCAGGCUAUUGUACUGUUGGCAUCUUUUCCUCAGAAACACAAUUUCGACAUCUACUCUCUUCUCCAGCGUGCGAGAGAGAUUGCUGUCCAGCACGAGCUCAACAAAGAUUAUUCCCCGCACUCGAAAUUAUCCUCCACUCACUCGCAGAAUAUCUGGUGUUUGAUUUUUGUGCUUGGAACUCUACAUAGCUUCAGACUGGGGAAACAAUGGUCGACCUCGUCAGACAGGCUGUUGGAGCUUAAGAAAAAUCAGAGCUCGUAUACUGGAGAGCUGGUGAACAUCACGCUCUAUUUCUCAAAGAUGCUGAACAGUCUUGUUUUCGACAUUGACAAGGAAAACGCAGCAAAGGACAAUCUGAUCCAAAGCUCCCUGUCUUCCUGGAAGCACCAGUUGAGCUCAAUAGCAUCGCCAGAAUAUCAGUCCCUUCGCUCUUUAUUGUCUGUGAUUCAUCUAACUCUAACUCUUCUAGAGCCUGCAAAAGAACUGGCAGACAAAGCUAUCCAAUACUCUGCCCUGAUAUCCCGUUGUCGCGAACUGGUGGACCAACUGGUGGGGGUGGAUGUCGAACAGUCCCCAAUAUUUAUUAAGAUCGCUUUGGAUUUUGCUACACUCUUGACUCUUCGCCUCAGCACAACGCCUUAUAGCUCUUGCACUAAAGAGGAACAAGCCGCUUUGGAGAUGUUUGUGAAAAUGUUUAAAAAGCUCUCGUCAACGCGGGAGCUUGAAAACUCCUCAGAGCUGAUAAUGUCGAUCGUCCAUUACCAAACCACAACCGUUUCUCACGGGUCUCUGUAUUACCAAACAUACUCGUUUGCAACCAAGCUUUUGCAAGGCCUUUACCCAACGCUGAAUGACGAACAGAACCCAGAUACUGAGGAUCCCUACGUGAUGGACGCUGAAUACCGCUUGUUCCAGCAGCUCAAGAACUUGGAUUUGAGCAACCCAGAGAAACCAAAGCCUUUCGACGUUGUCGACGUGUUUUUGAGACUGGAAGAUGAAACAGAUACUCUUAAUGAGAUGCUUUAA